AGCGAGGAAGAAAAACUAGGAACAGUUGGUAGGAGGUAGGAAGUUAGAUACCUUAGGCACAAAAACUUUGGACCCAUUAAAGCAUGUUCCAAAGAAAGGAAACAAAAAUUUUGUUUUUUAUUACUUUGGAAAUUUCCUAAACAUCUGCCCUCAUCUCUUGUUCUUCUUCUCUAUCUUUCCAUAUUAGUCUGCACACAAAAAAAAAAUGUAUAUUGCAUAUGUGCUCAGGGUUUUCUCAUGUUUUUCGUUUUCUUUUGAGCCUAAAACUUUUAAUUUUCUGAACAGUUAACAGUUUUCUUGUUAAGAGUAUCUUUGCUGGGGAAUCCAAGAGCACCUGACAGACUAUUUUUUUAUAUAUAGAAACAGGUGGCAGAAAAGGCAGGGUGUGGAUUAAAGUAGUGUUUUGGUAUUGAUUUUGGUUGAUCAGACUGCUCUUUCUAACUUUCUGGCUCUUUUUCACCAUAUUUUGGCAUCUGGGGGAGGAUCAUAUAGCUAGUUCUUUGUUUAGUUCUUGUAGCAGCUUGUGGCAGUUCGGAUUUAGUGUAUCUGAAUUGGGAUGUCUCAAGGGAUCAUGGAAAAUAAGAUGGUGAUCAAUGGAACUAAUAGUGUUUCAGAAAUCACUCGUGACACAACUUACACCAAGAUUUUUGUUGGAGGAUUGCCAUGGGAGACUAGAAGUGAUUCUUUACACAGGUAUUUUGAGCAGUUUGGAGAGAUCAAAGAAGCAGUUGUGAUCAUUGAUAGGAGCACAGGAAAAUCAAAAGGAUAUGGCUUUGUAACUUUCAAGGAUCCUGGUUCAGCAACAAGAGCUUGUCAAAAUCCAUAUCCUGUCAUUGAUGGAAGGAGAGCCAACUGCAAUCUUGCUGCCUUUGGUGCACAAAAGAAAGCUGCAGGAACUGAUAAACUUGGACCUGCAGCUUCAAGAUCCAUCACACCAUUAAACACUCAUGGCCCUUCUGCGUACUUCAAUCAACAAAUACCUCAAUAUGCAUUUCCUAAUUCAGUUUUUGGGUAUCCUAUCUACCCUCAGAACACUUAUGCAAUGAAUAAUUUUUACAAUGCAUACGGAGGGAAACAGUUUCCAUUCUAUUACCCCGCCGCGGCACCGGGUUCCCCUGGAGUCUACAUGAAUUACUAUCCACUCUAUGCUCAACAUGGACAAAACAGCCCAAGUCACUACCCAAAAAUGAUGCACAACUCUCAGCAACACAAUGCUCUGGGGACCUUAUCGAAUCCUACUUCAGCUUCCUCCUCGCUACCAAUUACCAAAGCAAGACCUGCCGCGGCAGCAGAACAAACAGCAAUGAGAGUGCCAGGAACUGUAUCUGAACAGAAGAAAUAGGCUUGAUUAUAACAACAUUAUUAGUUCACACCAUCUCAGAGUCAGCAGGGUGUAACAGAAUAGAUUCCAUAGAAAGAAGAAACUUUUACAGGUUCUGUAUAGUUUACUUCUUCAAGACACGCACCAUCAUACACUAUGGUCAGAAUUUUGAUCAAGCAUGGAUGCUGCUGCACAUUUUGUCUCUCAGUGAUGGUUUAGCACAGUUGUGUUUUCACUUCUGAUUCAAAAAUUUUCCUUUCUGACAUGAAAUGGGAAUUGAAAGUUUAUAUAGAAUUCAAUCAUGUUUGCAUCGGUGAA